AUGGCACUAUCAUUCAAAUAUUUCAUUUCUUUGACCCUGUUUCUUGGGUUGUUUUUGAUUUCUACUGCCCAUGGAAACACCAUUCCUAGCACCGGUGACAUCGAUGCUUCCAACUCCACCCUCGACAAGAGAGAUGACAAAGUGAAGCUGCGGAUUCUACCCCUCGGAGCCUCAAUUACCUGGGGCUUGCUGUCGGAGACUCAUAAUGGAUACCGCAAACCCCUGCGCGACCAGUUGCGAUGGAAAGGAUAUGAAGUCGAUAUGGUCGGGACCCGAAGCAACGGCGAAAUGAAGGACAAGGACGUCGAGGCCCGCUCAGGCGACACCAUCGACGAAGUUCGCGAAGCCGCCCAAGGCUCUCUGCCCUACAAGCCCAACGUCGUUCUCAUCAACGCAGGAACCAACGACUGCGCCCAGGAAAUCGACAUCAAGAAUGCCCACACCCGCAUGCACAAGCUGAUCAAUAGCCUCGUCAAGGCAGACGGCAUGAAAGACACCCUCAUCGUGCUCUCGACCUUGAUCCCCUCCCACAAGAAACAAACCGCCGAGCACCGCCCAGCUGUCAACAAGCAAUACCGGCAACUGGUUAAGUCCAUGAAAAAUGAGGGCAUCAACAUUGUCCUGGCCGACAUGGAUCCCGAGGCCCCUGAUCCCGGCCACGGCUGGCUCAAGUGGCCCAAGGACUACACGCACGGCGAUAAGGCCGACUCUACUCAUCCGAAUGACUACGGGUACAGCAAGAUGGCCUAUGUUUGGUGGAAGGCGCUUGAAAAGGCCCUCAAGGACGACCUCAUCAAAGACCCGCAGCCCUGGGAUUCGGGCAGCACGUGUGCGGACGACAAUGGGAAGUCGAAGCGCUCGAUCAAGACCUUCGUGCAAAAGUUGUACAGUCGGUGCAAGAAGUCAGAUCACACUGGUGAUGACGGGCCGAUCAAGGACCCCAAGUUGCCGGAGAUGCCGCAGUAA